AUGCCUACCAUUGCGAUCACUGGAGCUGCCCGUGGCAUUGGCGCUGCAUUCCUCGCGGCCUACCAGAAAGACCCCGGAAACACCAUCCUGGCAAUCGAUCGCGAACACAUUGAUGAACCUCCAACGGCCCAGCCCAACGUCAGAACAUAUCAGGUGGACGUCGGCUCUCAGAGCUCCAUCAACGCCUUCGCUGCCUCCCUGGGAGAUGACGACCCCGUCGACCUCUUGAUUCAUUCGGCAGGGAUCCGUGGCCUGGUGCCGUCGAUAGAAGAGACCGGCCCCGGCGACGUGGCAGCCUGCGAGACCAUGCACGUCAUGGACCUCGAGACCUUGACCCGAACCUUUCAAAUCAACGCCGCGGGAACUUUCAUGCUAUUGCGUUCCCUAUUGCCAAACCUCCAGACGGCCGAGGGCAAGGUCGUCGUGAUGUCCUCGCGCAUGGGAAGUAUUGGCAACAAUGAGCAUCCCAAUAAGGACGCUGGCUCUGCCUUUGCAUAUCGCGCCAGUAAAGCUGCUCUGAAUACGAUUGUAAGGUCAUUUGCUGCAGAUGUUCAGGAUGUUUGCUUCGUAUUGUGCCACCCGGGGAGAGUGGAGACAAGCCUCGUGAGGUGCAAAGAGGAGGGUGCAAUUCCGGCGGGGGAGAGCGUCAAAGGUCUUCUGCCUUUGAUUGAGCGAUGGGGCCAAGACGACAGCGGAAAGUUUUACGAUAGAUUUGGAAAGGCGAUCCAGUGGUGA